AUGCUAUUUAGUCGCUUCUGCUGCUACGUCCUUUCGCCUCAUCUUUCCCCCUCCCUUGUACCCCUCUCCUUCCAUUACGGCUCAAAGUCUAACCUUCGUCUCAUCGGGCGUCGUUUCGACUUAUACGUCAAGACAGUCCGCACUCAAAGCAUCAUUCGCCCACAGCGCCUUCUCGCCGCCAAUAUCGUCAUUCAGCGACAACGACAGCCCAUCGACUACACAUCUCUUGAUUCUUUCAGCACCUCUCAUCGCUCCGACCCACUGCCCUGCUUCUACCGCGAUCGACCUGUUCUGACUGAUUCGUACAGCUCCUUUCAAUCGCCUCUUCCGACACAUGGUCAACUUGCCUCGAAGGAUUUCAUUGCGUCAGCCCAGCAGCAAACUUUGACGGCCGGUGGGAGGAAAGAUCCGACCAAAGCCAGACGACCGACAUCUAGGCGGAGCGCUAUUGUCAGCACUCAUCGGGCAGCGCGCUUCAAAAGAAGCAAAGGCGUUUGCUCAUUUGAACGCACUAGCUUGACCCUCUGCCUGCAUCACAGUGUGAAUGCUGCCGAGAUUGCUGUCGCCUUACUCUCGAGGUUGCUCAUCGGUGAGCCGUGUUCCGAUCUCACACUUCUUUCCUUUGCAAGAUCUGACUUGCCAUCUACCGCAACACCCUGCAAUUGA